CGGAGGCCGGGAGGGCGGCGGCGGGCGGGGCCGCGGGCCGGGGCGCCAUGGGCAACCUGUUCGGCCGCAAGAAGCAGAGCCGGGUCACAGAGCAAGACAAGGCCGUCCUGCAACUGAAGCAGCAGCGGGAUAAGCUGAAGCAGUACCAGAAGAGGAUCACCCAGCAGCUGGAGAGGGAGCGGGAGAUCGCCAGGCAGCUCCUGCGGGACGGGAGGAAGGAACGCGCCAAGCUGCUGCUCAAGAAGAAGCGGUACCAGGAGCAGCUUCUGGACAAGACAGAGAACCAAAUCACCAGCCUGGAAACAAUGGUCCAGAACAUUGAGUUCGCCCAGAUUGAGAUGAAGGUGGUCGAAGGGCUGCAGAUCGGAAAUGAGUGUCUGAAGAAGAUGCACCAGGUGAUGUCCUUAGAAGAAGUCGAGCGGAUACUGGAGGAGACCCAGGAGGCCGUGGAGUACCAGCGGCAAAUAGAUGAGCUGCUGUCGGGAAGCUUCACUCAGGAGGAUGAAGACACCAUCCUGGAGGAGCUGAAUGCAAUCACCCAGGAGCAGCUAGACCUCCCCGAGGUUCCUUCAGAGCCUCUCCCCGAGAAGAAACCAGAAAAAGCCCCCACCAAGGCCAGGCCCCAGCAGGCGGACAUGGUCGCAGCCUCAUAACGUGGCCUCCUUGGCCUGGGACUGGCGGGGACUCCCCAGAGACUGGGGCCCACAGAGUUUGGUGCGCGGCCCGACCUGACGGGCUCCCAGGAGGCCGGCGCCAGGCCGGGCCGGUCGGGUGCUGACGAAGCAGAGUGUGGCGCACACAGGGCUAGACGCCAGGCUGACUCCGCAGAGCGUUUCCCUGGCGCCGCAGGCUUGCUCUCCUUUCUGGAUUCAGUGGCAACGUUCGCACCCUCCGGCCAAACAGCUUCUGAGGCUGUGGUUCCCACGCGGCCACAGGCAGGCCCGUCACUCCUGGUGCUGGCCACACUCCCGUCCCCGGCCCCUCGAGGCUCCACCGGCCACCUUCUCCCCAGCUCCCUCUCUCUGGAAGGCGCGUCAAACCUAGCUUCUUUCCCUUCCCUUUUUCACUUCCUGCUGCUCCUGCCAGCUGGCGGGCAGCUUCCUGAGCUGCCCAGUUUCCGUGUCGGUUCGGGGGCGGAAAGCUCCCCUCUUCUGUGUCGGCGUUUGGGGGCGUUGGACCGGAAGGGGCGCAUCCCUGCUGGACUGGCGGCUGCAGGAGCCCCGACCGAGCUUCUUCACCUGGGGGCCUGUGUGCAGAGGCUCGGCCCGCUGCAAAGGGAUGUUCCCGGAGAGCCAGAGGCCUUGCUGGGGUUCCCGGGGGUGCUGACGGGCCUGCUCUGGUGGGUGUGGCCCCCAUUGCCUGGGACUCCGCGCAGCUUGCGCUCCGGAACCUGCCAGAGACCCGGGACUCUGCGACCCGCCACCCCUGAGCCGUCAGCCGCCAGGCACGCGCUUGGCGGCUGGAAACGGCUUCCCUAGUUAACGGUUCGUUUUGGUAUCGGACAAUCCUGACAACGUUUCACUCCCAACAAGGGGGGAGCCCCAAACGGGUCAGCCCCGUAUUAAAAUUGAUGCCUGCAUGGUC